AAUCGUAGUACAGGCAUUAACUUCAAUAAGUAUGAAGAUAUUCCAGUUGAAGCAACUGGUGAAGAUAUACCCUCCCAUAUUAAUACAUUUGACGACAUUAAGCUGACAGAUAUUAUACGCAUGAAUAUUGCAUUGACUCGUUAUGAUACUCCAACUCCAGUUCAAAAGUAUGCUAUACCAAUUAUUGUUGGUCGCCGUGAUGUUAUGGCCUGUGCCCAAACUGGAUCAGGCAAAACUGCUGCAUUCCUGGUUCCCAUACUUAAUCAAAUUUAUGAAAAAGGGCCAGCCGCAUAUAGUGUUGGGCCUAAGCUACAGUCAAGACGUAAAUAUCCUCUUGGUUUAAUAUUAGCUCCUACUCGUGAAUUAGCUACCCAAAUAUAUGACGAAGCAAAGAAGUUUGCGUAUCGUUCUAGAGUGCGUCCUUGUGUUGUCUAUGGUGGUUCACAUGUUAUGGACCAAAUCCGUGAUCUAGAACAGGGGUGCCAUUUAUUAGUUGCUACUCCUGGCCGUUUAGUAGACAUGUUAGAGAGAGGUAAAAUUGGGUUAGAUUUUUGUCGAUACUUAGUUUUGGAUGAAGCUGAUAGAAUGUUAGAUAUGGGUUUUGAAACACAAAUAAGACGUAUUGUUGAGAAAGAUUCUAUGCCUCCUCCAGGUGACAGACAAACUUUGAUGUUCUCUGCUACAUUCCCUAAAGAAAUUCAAAUGUUAGCUAGAGAUUUUCUCGACAACUAUAUUUUCUUAGCUAUUGGUCGAGUUGGAUCAACAUCUGAAAAUAUAACACAAAAAAUUGUUUGGGUAGAAGACCGAAACAAGAGAUCCUAUUUAUUAGAUUUACUAAAUGCUACUCCAAUUAGAUCACAACCUGCUGAGUCUUUGAUAUUGGUGUUUGUUGAAACUAAAAAAGGUGCAGAUUCGUUGGAAGAAUUUUUGUAUUCCAAUGGUUAUCCUGUAACCUCUAUUCAUGGUGACCGAACACAACGUGAACGUGAAGAUGCAUUAAAAAGUUUCCGAUCUGGGAACACACCAGUCUUAGUUGCUACAGCUGUUGCAGCUAGAGGCUUAGAUAUACCUCAUGUAACACAUGUGAUUAAUUAUGAUUUACCAUCAGAUGUUGAGGAGUAUGUGCAUCGUAUUGGACGUACUGGCCGUAUGGGAAAUUUAGGUUUGGCCACUUCUUUUUUCAAUGACAAAAAUCGCAAUUUAACUAGAGACCUAAUGGAAUUAAUAACUGAAUCGAAACAGGAAUUACCUGGAUGGUUAGAAAGUAUGGCAUCUGACUUCAGAAUGAGCAGUGGAAGAAGAAGUAAUGGAUCAAAAGGAGGAAGUCGUUUUGGUGGUGCCGGUUUUGGUUCCCGAGAUUAUCGUACUACAAGCAGCAUGCCACCAUCACGUGGUAGUUCUKGUCCACCACGUAGAGACUAUGGAGGUGGCAGUAACAACGGAGGUGGAUUUUAUGGUGGUGGUAAUUAUGGAGGAUCAUACAAUAGUGGUGGUUCAGCUCCCAAUGGCAAUUCUUCUACUCAAGAUUGGUGGUCUCAGUCAUAAAUAUGUGAUUAUAAAUCAUCUAAUAUUUAUGUUGAGAUAUAGCUCUGAAUCUUCAUUAAAAAUGAGUAUUUAAAGGGAAAAAGAAAAUUAAGCAUUAUAUGUAAUUUCUAUUCAUAGUGUAAUAAUACAAAUUUGUUACAUUAAAUAAUUAUGACAAAACGCUGUACAUUUAUAUUAAGUUAUUUAUAGCUGAUGAAUUUGAGUAAGACAAAUAAAAUUCAUAAUCACUUUUGUAUUUUA